AUGCCUUCGCUUAAUUUGACAGCUGUGCACACAAUGGCAGAGGUCGGGAGUUUUCUGGGGACAAUCGACUUGGAUUUACAAACCUUUCCUGGACUCGGGACUAUGCCCGUACCGGAGCCUCCAGCGGGCUUGAAUGAGAGGCUGGGGCAGAUUGAAGGGAGGAUGCAGCGGGGGUCGACGACGGAUUUCGGGCACCUGAAGGGGAUCUUGAGGCGACGGCAGCUCUACUGCAGGACCGGCUUCCAGCUGGAGAUAUUCCCCAAUGGGACUGUGCAUGGGACAAGACAGGACCACAGCAGAUUUGGUAUCCUGGAGUUCAUCAGUCUGGCAGUUGGUCUGGUCAGCAUCAGAGGGGUGGACGCUGGACUCUACCUCGGCAUGAAUGAGAAAGGAGAGCUCUUUGGGUCGAAGCUGACAGCGGAAUGCGUGUUCAGGGAGCAGUUUGAGGAGAACUGGUACAACACCUACGCUUCGACGCUGUACAAGCACGCGGAGACGGGACGCUUGUACUACGUGGGCUUAAACAAAGACGGCUCGCCCCGGGAGGGCAACAGGACUAAAAAACACCAGAAACUCACCCACUUCUUACCCAGGCCGGUGGAGAUUGAGAAGAUCCCUCAGGCGUACAGGGACUUAUUCCAGGACAGGUGACCAGUGCUUACGCUUGGAGAACUGCUUUCAGAAAGAGAGGAGCAGAGAGGGGGUGUUGUGGAUAUUUUGGACCUGGUACAGAACUGUUUACCCUCAGCUCCCCCUGAGGUCACUGUGUUUGCGCCUCGGCCCACCGCCAAGCACUGACAUAAACAUUGAAUGUCGGCGGGACAUGUUAUCUUGUAAAACCACUGCAUGGAUGGAGGAGGCCCACAUGACUGCUCAGCUGUGGGGGGAUCAAAUCAGGUGCCAUGUUUUCUCAAUAACCACUUUGAAGAGGUAAAGGCAUAGAUACUGAAGGGAAUGGUUUUGGCACUAAGAUGGUGGGGGGGGGGGAUGAAUGGUGGGCUAUGAGAACACCAUCAGAGACUUUUAGGAGUUCAACGUGACGGGAAGCACCGCAGAUGUAACUAUGUGCAUUUGUCAUGCACUAUAUAGAGUUAAGGAAGGAAAAGGGCACAUUCCACAUACACAGGGAUGGAUAUAAGAAGAAACUGUAAAGUGACAGGGUGGGAUGGUCAGGUACUAAAGAAGAAGAAUGUCUGUGAGGCAGAGAGCAAACUGUUACAAGACAAACUGGACUUUUAUUAAGUUGACUUUAAAAUCAAAGAUAAGAAAAAGGGGAAUGAUUGAAUUCAUUGAAGAUGAAUGCGUGAUAGAUGAAGAGCACUUACUGCACAUCCCCUCCUCGAUCUGUAGGCUCACUGGUAGUCAGAGUCUAAUGAUCUCUUUUACCACAUUUUAAAUAUCAAAUGGCGUCUUGUAGCAUUUCUAUGCCAUACAGGCUAUCAAGAGUCGGGGCAAAAGCACUUCUCUGACUGUGGUUGUAAAGAAUUGUGAGGGGAUUUUUUAAAAGGAUGGUGACUUGUAAUGUUCAUAGUGUCCGGAACAUUACUAAAAAUGCAAGCAGCAGAGGUGUACAUAUGGGUGAUCCUAUUUAUGAGAUGUACAAUAUAUUUAUUUUCUACAUAUAAAGUAUAAAUAUAUAUAUUUAUUUAUU